CCACGAUCUGUCAGAGCAGCUUGUUGCACGACCAGCUUGGUAAACUAACUUGAGUUCGGCGUUAAAAUCUAAACCAGUUGCCUGACAAAUCGCGUUUCGCGCGGACCGACGAGAAUGUUCGCUUCGGUUAGAAAACAAGCCUUAAUUUCUUUGACUUAACGAGUCAUUUACGGCAGUUUCCAUCGAGCUCUUUUUGCUGUCUGCGUGAUUUGUGGUCAAGCGGCGGCAGGUCAUGUUAACCAGAUCCCAGACAGAAGAAAGUGCCUUUUCUGACGUGGUUCCUACUUGAAGCUGCUCUCCGCCCCCAUCCUACACUGGCUUGGCCUCCGAAAAGAUCUCAAUUCCUCAGACUUGCCAAAGCACAAGGAACCGACACGCUCUUUCCAUUCACGGACCAUUAUUCGAUAUUGUUCCAAGGAUAGCCAUUGCCUUCAGGCAGAGUUUUCAACAACCGUCGGCCUCAAGACCAUUUGGAGACCUGGAGCAUGUUCUUAUUGUCGCUCCAGUGUUGUGCACCUGGUACUAAAUGACUGAUGAACGACUUGACAGAGAUUGACAGCUUCACUGAGAGCGGCCAUCUCCCAUGCGACAGCCAACGUGGGUCUGAAUGUGACAUCUCUAUUUAAAGGAGCUCGCCAACAAACUGAGACAAACCUCAGAACUACAUCAAGAAUCAAACUCAUCCAAAACCAAGUCAACAAUCUACUGACGCUAUAGAGCCUGCAGGUUCUCGACACAACUUUUGCUAUGGCUUUAAACAUCGCGUCGAUACGAGACACGAAAUGGCUGACUCUCGAGGUGUGCCGGCAGUUUCAGAGAGGGACGUGCUCGCGCAGCGACGAGGAAUGCAAAUUCGCGCACCCACCCAAGAGCUGCCAGGUGGAGAACGGACGGGUGAUCGCCUGCUUCGACUCGCUUAAGGGUCGGUGUACGAGAGAGAACUGUAAGUACCUUCACCCACCAGCGCAUCUGAAGACGCAGCUGGAAAUCAACGGACGCAACAACCUCAUCCAGCAGAAGACGGCGGCAGCGAUGCUGGCCCAGCAGAUGCAGUUCAUGAUCCCCGGCACCACCAUGCAACCAGUGCCUACAUUCCCUGUCAGCCAAGGUCUGGGCUCGAGCCCUGGACUGAGUUACGCGCCGUAUCUGACUCCCAUGAGCCACGGCAUGGGUCUGGUCCCCACAGAGAUGCUCUCCAGCACCCCUGUGAUCGUCCCGGGCAGCCCACCGGUCAACGUGCCGAGCUCGUCCUCCACACAGAAACUACUGCGCACCGACAAGCUCGAGGUGUGUCGCGAGUUUCAGCGGGGAAACUGCGCGCGCGGCGAGACCGACUGCCGCUUCGCCCAUCCCAGCGACAGCCCCAUGAUCGACACGAGCGACAACACGGUCACCGUGUGCAUGGACUACAUCAAGAGCCGCUGCUCGCGCGAGAAGUGCAAGUAUUUCCACCCUCCGGCGCACCUUCAGGCCAAGAUUAAAGCAGCUCAACAUCAGGCGAACCAGACCGCCGUCGCAGCGCAGGCCGCCGCUGCAGCCAUGACUCAGUCGACUGCCAAAGCAAUGAAGCGACCCCUCGAGGCAUCUGUAGAUCUGGCGUUCCCCCAUGGAGUCCUGCAGCCCCUACCAAAGAGACCAGCACUAGAAAAGAGUAACGGGGCCAGUACUCUCUUCAACCCCAGUGUCUUGCACUACCAACAGGCUUUGGCCAACGCACAGCUUCAGCAGCCCACCGCUUUCUUUCCCACAGUACCCAUGAUGUACAGUGCUACGCCUGCUACUGUCUCUGCAGCAACAACUCCUGCCACAAGUGUCCCCUACGCAACAACAGCACCAGCCAAUCAGAUGAAACGUCACAUGGAGCGCGUUGCAUUGUGGGAGUCAGUAUCCCAAGCAGUGUCCUCAGAUGCGUACAUCAGGUUUCAGCAGAUGUAGUAGAUCAUCUUGAAGUAAACCACCGGAGAGGAACGGGGUGUCAGGAAGCUGCUUUGAGAAACCCAAAAAGAUCCCCGUGUAAAUACGACCUGCCCUCCCCGAUAGAACUACAGCAACCUGCAUGAUAAAGCGUAACACAUUAGCAAGCCACAACACACACACACACACCUCGACCGGUUUCUAACUUCAAAAACAAGAAAAUAUAUAUAAAUAUAUAUAUAUAUAUAUGUCAAUGUACAGCACGUUUCAUAGAGGCAUAAGUGAGAUCGUCAGCAGUCAGAUAAUGUGUAUUUUUCUCCCAUGGUUGUUUUAAAUGAAAAACAAAUGCACAAUGUUCAAACACACACACACACACACACGGUUUGCACUGUCAGAAAUAGUGCUUAAUAAUAAGUGCUUGAUUGUCUUGAGCGGGAGGACGUCUCCUGCAGAGUUUGUCUUAACAUCCCCAUGACCCUCCGGAUAGGGGAAAGAGGGGUUGCUUGAUUUUAUUAUUUGAUUAUUUUCUUGUUUUAAUACACCGAAUGUCACAUGGCGGACAAAAAGAAGAUUGUCUACUGAUCUAAAAAAAAACAAAUGCGCCUCCCUCCGGUUUCUCCUCGGACUUGAGCUGAUCCGUCUUCGCGAGCGGAAAUGAUUCGUUUUAUUUUUUUUUUCAUCAUCCCCGCCGCCGGCCAAAGAAAGGUUUACCGUGCGAGAAUGUGGCGAACCACGUGCCAUGCGACCACCUUUCUGUCUCCGCUAAAGGACUGUGAAUGAUUUGGACGUGUCCGUGGGAACACCGGCCAUCAGGGAGUCGACUCCGGCUUCUGUCCCGUGCCAAGGGCUUACAUUAAACUGGAGAGCUGCUGUCAAACUGACUCGUACACGAGACGGACUUCACAACCGCGAGGACGAGGACGAAGCGUCGCUCUCGCCGAUAAUCCUGUUUUAUUUGAUAAACAGUUUAGAAGUGCCUAAGAAAUCUAUUUUACACAGCAAGCAUCUUGAGAAGAUGACUUUACGUGGGGUCGGGGGUUAUCCCGAGACGAGACGAGACGAGAAACGACAUCAUCAUGGUCUGUCAUUCACACAACUGAAUAGCGAGAAUGUAAAGGACGAGCUAAAUGUCUGUUUGGUGGACGAUUGUGUUUUGUUUCGUGUCGUUUUCAUGCCUGAUUUCUGGUGGGCGGAGCGUGUGUGAGGUGAGCGUGUGCACCCAUCCAAUCAGAAACAUCGUGUGUUUCCAUGGUGCUCAGUUAACACAGACAAUCCACAGAGACGUUUGGUUUCGCAGGAAUAUGGCACUGGUCUUAGCGUUUUCCCCUUUGUUUGGUUUUCUAUUAGGGCUUUUAUUUUGUUUUUUUGUCCAAAAGUUACAGUUUUAAUGUAAUUUUUGAAGUGGAACGUGAUUUAAAUAUAUUUUAUCGUCAUUCUGUUUUGUUAAAUGCUAGAACACGGAACAAUGGUGUAACCUAUUUUAAAAAUGAAUGUAAUUUAUUAAGCCGGGCUUUGGCGGCGUCGGCGGCCUCGGCCAAUCAGGAGCCGCUUCUAGAUCGAGCGCAGGCCGGGCUGUAGAACUGCUUGUGUUAUGUAAAAAACAACAACAUAAUGUUUAUUGUAUAGGUAAUGUUUUACCAACAAAACACAAAAAAAAAACAAAAAAAAAAGCUAAAAAAAAGUACAAAAAAUAAAUUCUCGGUAGUAUGAUUAGUUAUUUCAUAAUAAUAUUAAGUUGUUGCUGUGGCAACCUAAAGUUGCGAUACUAAAUUUUGGUAUUUUUGUAAAUGAUGUAAUCGUUAAGUUUCUUUCUUUUAGAGCACUGCGAAAGGUUAGAUUGUAAAACAUUUCCUCGUUUAUGUCGAGAUUAUAUUACCGGGAGAUUUCUCCGUAGCAUUUAACGGUGUAACGUUUAAGAUAGUAGUAAAUACUCACCAGUUACAGAACCCGCGCCCCCUUUUCGAUUGACUAAAGGAUCUCGCGUUUUUUUUUUUUUUUAUAUAUUAUUUAUGAAAGUUGUCCUGGUUUGUUCUACAACCCAACGAUUGCACUUUGAUUUCCUGUAACUUUCAAACCGACGCACAGUGUGAAUACGGCGACGCAAAUCAAUGACGGUUGUUUUACGGCUAAGACCUAAAUAUUCAGUAAGCAUCUUGCAUGGUAUUUUAUGUCAAAUUAAGAAGUUAUUUUCAAUUUAAUCUGAGAAGAAGAUAAAAAAAAAAAUGAAAUAUAUUGAAUGUUUCUAUCUACACUAUAGAGAAGAAAAAAAUCUGCACAUGUGAUGAACGUAAACGGAUGAUUUGGGAUUUCUUACUCCCCAAAUGAGUUGUUGACUGAUGGGUAAAAGAAGCACUUUGGGAUCAGACACAGCGUAUCCAAACACUUUGCCUUACCUUUAGUCCAUUGUUUUUAAGCUUUUGUGUUUCAGAGCUAUUAAUAUGUACUAGGGUGUCAACAGGUCUACUGACUUUACUUCUCACCUCCAUCUAUAUAUGACUAUACUAUACCUAUAACUGAGACAUGUAAGAGUUUAUUCUUAUUAUUUGGGAGCGUCGUCACCGAGAGAACGCCCCGCUCCCGUUUUCAGUGGGAUUGUGGGUAAUUUUACGCUGUGCUGCUUGACUUCCAUCAGUGAUGCAGUAGCCCAUCCACACAUUCACAGAGAUGAUGAUGAUGAUGAUAGCGGAAGAAAAUGAUAAACCAAGCCCUCUUUGGAUGAUAUUAGUUUUCAUGUAACCAUUUUAAAUGUUUUAUUUGUGCAUAUAUAUAUUAUGUGCUAUUUUAUGUCAUAUAGUCAAAUGUUUUUGGUUCCAGAAAAAUAGUGUAAAAUCUAUUGAGACAAAAUGAAUAAAGAAAGAGAAAAAGGA